GGCGUACAGUUCACUGAUAUGCUUCUACAAGCGUCUCCCGUCUUCCUCAGAUCUUUUAGCUCUCCACAUGAAUCCCGAGAAGAUUCAUAUUAAACACCUCUUCUGAUUUCACAUUAUCGGAGACUCAGAUCUGCAAUCGAAGUUCGUGGCGGGGGAUCCAAUUUGUUUCAAUUUUAAGGGAGAAGGAAGAAGCAUGGACACUUUUACGGCGGAGGAUCUGUCGACGAUCGGCGGAAUCGCCACCGUGUCGCUCCUCCAUUCGUUCAUUCCCACUCACUGGCUACCUUUCUCAAUCGUCGGACGCGCGCAGAAAUGGACGCUUUCCAGAACGCUCUUCGUCACUGCAUUUGGAGCAGUCCUGCAUGUCAUAUCCACUUCCCUUCUUGGUAUAACAGCGAUCACAAUGGCGAAUACCAUCGCCGGUGAAGAGACGGUUCACAAGCUUGCUUCCCUUUUGCUUGUGAUCCUCGGUGGAAGCUAUGUAUUGCUGUUUCUGGCUGGUAAAGGUGGUCACACACAUUCUCAUAACAAACCCAUGGAGAAAAUGGCUGUUGCUGGGCUUGUCCUUGUUCCUGCGUUAUCUCCGUGUGCAACAACUCUUCCUGUUUUUCUCGCUGUUGGAAAUUCUAAGCCCAUGAUGGUUCUCGCCAUCAUAGUUCUGCUGAUCAGCACCAUAUUGGUAAUGACAUCGCUGGUGGCUCUAUCGUUCUACGGUGCAAGUCAGCUGAAGUUUCACUGGGUGGAGCGAUACGACAAGCUACUGGUUGGUUCCGUCCUGUGUCUGGUAGGUAUCUUAACCCUUCUCUUCCAUGAUCACGACCACCAUGGUCAUGAAGCACAUCAACUACCCAGGAAAAUCAUUUCUCUUUAGAGACCCAUUUCGAAUCUCUGUUUUGUCUGUUUGUUAUAGAGCGCCUUAAGGGCUUUCCCGUUGUAUGUCUAUAACUAGUUCUAACGCUCUCUAUUGCACGUGAAGAAACAUAUGUAUGUGUUAAGUUCCUUUAAUAGAACAACAUUAGUUGUGAAUGUGAUUUUCAUAAGCAGUACAUCAAAUCCA